GUCAUUUCAGAGAAAACAAAACUGAUCUCUCUCUCUCUGUCUCUCUCUCUCUAUCUCUCUCUCGUUGUGAGUUCAGGAAAAUGGCUGAGGCCAGUAUUUCAGUAGAUCAGCUUUCUGUGGACCAGUUCAUGUGUCCAGUGUGUCUGGAUCUCCUGAAGGAUCCGGUGACUAUCCCCUGUGGUCACAGUUUCUGUAAGGUGUGUAUUAAUGGCUGCUGGGAUCAGGAGGAUCAGAAGGGCGUCUACAGCUGUCCUCAGUGCAGAGACACUUUCACAACAAGGCCUGUUCUACGCAGAAACAACAUGCUGGAUGAAGUGGUGGAGAAACUGAAGAAGACUGAAGUCCAAGCUGCUUCUCCUGCUCACUGUUACGCUGGACCUGGAGAUGUGGAGUGUGAUUUCUGCACCGGGAGAAAACACAAAGCCGUUAAGUCCUGUCUGAUAUGUUUGGCUUCUUAUUGUGAAACUCAUCUGAAACCUCAUCUUGAAGUUCCUGUUUUGAAAAAACACACAUUAAUUGAAGCCUCAGCAAAACUCCAAGAGAAGAUCUGCUCUGAACAUAACAAGCUGAUUGAGAUCUACUGCCGUACUGAUCAAACCUGCAUCUGUUAUUUGUGUACGAUGGAUCAUCACAAAGGUCACGACACCAUCACAGCCUCAGCAGAAAGAGCUGAGAAACAGAGUGAGUUAAAGGAGGAGCAGAUGAAAUCCCAGCAGAGAAUCCAGGAGAAGCAGAAGAAGGUGCAGGAGCUGAAACAGGCUGUGAACACUAUAAAGCUCAGUGCACAGACAGCAGUGGAGGACAGUGAGAGGAUCUUUACUGAGCUGAUCAGCUCCAUGGAGAAAAAGCGCUGGGAGGUGACGGAGCUGAUCAGAGAUCAGGAGAAGGCUGAACUGAGUCGAGCUGAACGACUCCUGGAGCAACUGGAGCAGGAGAUUGCUGAUCUUCAGAGGAGAGUCACUGAGCUGGAGCAGCUUUCACACACACACGAUCACAUCCAUUUCCUCCAGGUUUUAGCUUCUGGAUGUCGCUCUCCUCCAUUGGAAAGACCAUCAUUUCACACAUCCAGCGUCACUGUCCAUCAACAUCUCUCAUUUGAUGGAGUGAGGAAUUCUCUCUCAGAUCUGAAAAAGAGACUCGAGGAAUUCUGUGAGGAGGAAUUCAACAAAAUCCCUCCACAUGGUAAGAGGAGCUGUUCCUGCUGGAGAAACACAGUGAUGUGUUAUUUCUUAGCGAUGCUCCUGCUUUCUUUUCUGCAGACACUUUAUUCACCCGACACUUUGAACUAAAACACUGAUUUAAAAUGAAUAAACUGACUGGAUCACUUUAAACUCUUUCCAUCUUUUACACAAACUCAUCUUUCCAUUUUUCUCUCCACA